AUGCCGCCCGCGUUUUCAGUCCCUUCUCGUGAAAAAUGGCGAAAGUAUGAACAGGGCUCGAUGGCAAAGCAGCAAGAAUUUAUGGAGCGAUACAGAGAAGACUUUAAGAAAGUCCUUGUCGAAAAUUCAGACGGCAUUCAAGCAGGUGACCAUCUCGUUCUUGAAAGAAAAUAUUAUGUUCAUCAUAUGCUGUGUACCUUCAGCGGAGAUAACCAUGUUAUCGUAAUACACUACAGUGGACCUGCUUGGGGUAUAAGUAAAGCGUCGAGAUGCACGUCUUUCAAAGAUGUUGGAGUCAAGGGCGAAAUAGAAGAAAAAAUGUUUUCAUCUGAGGAACUUGUGGAACAACAGGUACGUAUUAAAGAUAAAACCUUCCAACACAAAAAUAUCUUAGGCGCGCGCGUUACUACUUCAGUCGCGAAGGUAGAGAUCUUGUUUUACAUUUUUGUGGUCGUGUUCAGUGUUCGUGUAUCAAUCUCCGCGGCCCGCAUCUGAAGACUAGAGAAAGAAAAUAAAACCUCAUCUAAUAUACGGGUGGAAAUUUGCGUUUUAUAGUCGGCUAGGCUUACAUGCGUCUCAAAAUCCAUUGGGUUAGUUUAUACUUGGAAGGACAUUUAUGUCAGUAAUUUGCAGGAUGUUUUUACUGAAACUCGCCUUAAGCACGUAGAUCUUUCUAAAACUCAGCCAUGCAACUUGUACUUUGUCUAAAUGGACCAAAGAAAUCCAGCCAAGUCUGAAGAGUGAACUACGCAAACAUCAAUAUACUGUGACACUUUUUAACUGCAAUCAUUUGGCACACGUAAUAGUUCUUUGAGCUUCUUUGGCAAAUGCAAAAAUUUUUGUGUCACUGUAAAUUUUUGAAUUUGAGGGCAAUUUCCGAGUACAAGCCCCCGGGAGCUUGCAUUUGGAGGAGCGAUUUAUCGGAGGGUUUUAUUUUCGGAAUUUUACGGUACUUCAUGGGUAAAUCGUACCAUAAAUCGGUCCUCGAAUUGAUAAAUAAUCAGAUAUUAAUCUACUGAGGAACAAAACGGGGAGCAUGAAAAGAUCGGAAUCACACUUAUCAAUCUCCAUUUCCCUUAAAUUCCCUUAAUUUUCAGUUUCACGUUCUAUCAUGUUUGAUGCUACUUCCGGGUCAACAAAAUUUUUGAAAUCGUUAUUUUUUUUAUUACGGGAGAACUGGUGGAAGAAUGAAUCCAAAUGCAUAAUGUUUUGGAGACAAAGAUAGUGUGUAAUCUUAAAAGAGUCACCAAAAAAUUAAAAUUUCUAUAGAGAUUUUAAAUUCUUCACUCAGCAGGCUUAGAAAUUCCGGCAUACAGUGUGUAUAUUAAAUGUUUUUCCUACCCUUACAGGUCAAAAAGAUCAUCUGGCCAGCCCACUUAAAACGCUUUUCCGCAGAGGAAGUGAUCAAGAGAGCUUUCACCAGAUUGGGCGAAGACUGGUACGACAUUCUAAAGAACAAUUGUGAGCAUUUUGUAACUUGGAGCAUGUGUGGGCUGAAGGUGAGCCUUCAAGUAGAACAAUGGUACCUUACAGCACGAGAAGUCGCCUAUUCUGCUUUCACAGGCCUGUAUGACUUUGGUAGAAAUAUAACCACGAAGAAAGUUCUACCUCUACUUAUCAAGCUCCAGGCUAAUGUUUCCGACGAGGUGGCCGUUUUCAUUAAUGAAAAUGCCCUCUAUGUGGGAUAUGGGUUAGCAAUCCUUAUGGAAGCUGGCGUAGCAGGUCAUGAGAUCUACAAAGCAUACACUCAUUGUAAGACUACGGAAGAGUUUAAAGUCAAGUUCGUUGACAUUGUUGCUAAGGCAGCUUGUCGUCUGGGAUGUGGAAUCGUCGGCUCAUGUAUCGGCACAGCGGUAUGCCCAGCAGCUGGUCCGAUAGCGAGCUUGGUGGGCGGUGCAAUAGGAGCAGGUUUGGGGCAUCUCUUUGGAGCUUUGAUUGGCUGGUGGUAUGAGAAUUCCUCCUACAUUGACGGGUAG